CACUUCGGCUGUCGUCAACGUGUUGUUGCGGAAGUGCCGGGUGAGCAUUUUUCUGAUAGCGUUUUUAAUCUCCCAGAGCAGCUAUCUUUGUAGCUGUUAUUGUGCUUGUCCGCGAAACAGCGCCGUGUCUGUGGAAAGCUUGAGCAAUGGCAGCUCUGAAAUACGCUGGUAUGGACGAUACGGACAGUGAAGAUGAGUUACCGCCUGGAUGGGAAGAGAGGUCCACCAAAGACGGUUGGGUUUACUAUGCAAACCAUGAAGAAAUGAAGACACAGUGGGAGCAUCCGAAGACAGGAAAGAAAAAACGUUGUGCUGGAGAUUUACCAUAUGGCUGGGAACAGGAGACUGAUGAAAAAGGACAGAAAAUUUAUGUUGAUCACAUCAACAAGCGAACCACCUAUUUUGACCCCCGGCAGGCGUUUACAGUGGAGGACGUGAUGAUGAAGCCGAAGCGUUACGAUGGAAACACUGCUGCGUUGGAAAUUCUUCAGGGUCGUGACCUUUCUGACAAAGUGGUCCUCAUCACUGGAGGCAACUCUGGUAUUGGCUUUGAGACGGCCAGGUCUUUUGCUCUUCACGGAGGUCAUGUGAUCCUGGCGUGUCGAAACCUGUCCCGGGCCAGCAAGGCCGUUAGCCUCAUACAGCAGGAGUGGCACAAAGCAAGAGUAGAGGCCAUGAUGUGCAACCUGGCUUCUCUGCGCAGCGUCAGGGAGUUUGCAGAAUCUUUCAAGGCCAAGAAGCUUCCCCUGCACAUUCUGGUGUGCAACGCUGCCGUGUGCACUCAGCCCUGGAGUCUGACAGAAGAUGGCCUUGAGUCCACCUUCCAGAUCUGCCAUCUCGGCCACUUCCUCCUUGUCCAAUGUCUUCAGGACGUCCUGCGUCGUUCAGCUCCUGCCAGAGUCGUAGUCGUAUCCUCAGAGUCACACAGGUUCACGGACCUGUUGGACUCGUGUGGGAAGGUGGAUCUGGCCGUGCUCUCCCCUCCGAAGAACGAGUACUGGUCCAUGCUGGCUUACAACCGGGCUAAACUCUGCAACAUCCUCUUCAGCAACGAGCUACACCGGCGUCUUUCGCCUCACGGUGUGACCUCCAACGCAUUGCAUCCUGGGAACAUGAUGUACACCUCCAUUCAUAAGAGCUGGUGGCUGAUGACCUUUCUGUUUACUCUGGCCAGACCAUUCACCAAGUCUAUGCAACAAGGUGCUGCCACCACGGUGUACUGCGCGGUGGCCCCGGAGCUGGAGGGGUUGGGCGGCAUGUACUUCAACAACUGCUUCCGCUGCCAGCCGUCCAACCAAGCCCAGGAUCUGAGCAGCGCCGCCAGCCUGUGGGAGCUGAGUGAGCGCCUGGUUGCGGAGCGAUCGGUCGGGAUCCAGUCCCUUUAGCGGACUGAGAUCCAGGAUGCCGUGAGGAAGAAGUCAAAGAGGAAGCUGUUGAUGUUGACUUGGGUGGGGGGCGAGAAGGGGGAACUUAAUAAAAGACUCUGACUGCACUAUACAAAAACUGCCAAACCACAGAGGUCCGCAUGGAUAUGUCACAUCACUACAGGGCUAAAACACGCUACAUACACAGUAAGGAGGGGGUUUCAUUUACAGCUUAAGUUCAGGUGUAACUUUCUUUUGGUACUUUAUAGUAGAAAGUAGAGAACUUAGAAAGAAUAGUUUGUUGUUGUUUUUUUCCUGCUUUCGUCUUGUAACCCUUUGACCACACACAGUUCAUGAGUAAGGUUAGAGUCGGAUUGCAGCUAUGGGGCUAUAUAAGAAAUAUCAUCUUCCAAUUGAAUGUCUUUGUAAUCAGUAUCGUUUUGGCUACUUUGGUGCAGACGUUUCUGCCGAGAUUUGGAGUCUAAACUGAGAGAUAAAAAGUAGUGAGCGCAGGACCCUUACGAAUAUAUAAACACGGUAGAGGUAUGUUCCUUAUGACUAUUUACAUUAUUCUGCAAUAACUUAAUCUUUAUCAGCGUCCUUACUUGUUGUCUGUACAGUAUUUACAUCCACCUGAUUUGUAGAGGGCGUCCUAAUUUUCUUCUUCCUAUGGUCAAACUAGAGUUUCCGUACUAAAUCUGAAUUACAAUUUGGAGAUUUAUGGAAUGAUGUUUUACCACUAUGUAAGAGUCUUAUUUACAAGUACCGGGGUCUUUCGUUUUCUCUGUGUCUCCUCUUGCUUGUUGUACGAGAAUUUGCGAUUUCAGUUUGUCGUUUCGUUUUUAAAUUGUGAGCUUUAGUGUUGAGCCUCUGCAUUUGGGUCGGGUUGUCCUGAAGCCGCUGGGAGGGCGAGUCGCUUUUGAGACAUUGUGCUUCAUGGCAGUCCAGGUGCCGUAGGUUGUUCAUAAAACAGCAGUCCAGUGUCAUAAUAUCUGAAAUUAAAAGAAGAAAGGGGAAAAAAAUAAACAUGGGAAAACAUUCAACAAA